AUGGCCUUUCCAGCAGCGCUGGGGUUUGCUGACCUUGGCCCUUGGCCUCGCGCCACCAGCAGGAAUCGACGCUGUGGAAGCUGGAAACCAGCAAGCCGACAAGUUAGGAGGCACCGCCGGAGGCGAGAGAGGACGAUUGCGGAGAACCUUUUGGCAAAGCUCUCACGGACAGCACAAAGGCGCCAAGCGAGCCAUCGACGCCGGAGAGAUGUCAGUGUCACAAGCGACGGCGCCACCAUUCUUGAAAAGAUGGACGUGAACCAUCAGAUAGCGAAGCUUCUCGUCGAGCUCUCGGCGUCCCAGGAUCACGAGAUUGGCGAUGGCACCACGGGGGUGGUGGUCAUGGCUGGUGCGCUCCUGGAGAAGGCCUUACACGCCGCUGGCGACCCACUCGUGGCUUCACGGCCUUCUCAAUGCUUCCGAUGA